AUGGAUGAUUAUUUGAAGGACAGUCCAUCGGAUUAUAGUACAACAAAUAUUCCUUCAAAUACUGCUUCACCACCAAAUUAUAAAUAUAUUAAUACUUCGUAUGAUACAUCUCUGACUGCAAGUCAACCACAGCAACAACAGCAACAGCAACAGCAACAACAGAGCAAUCCAUACAAUUAUUCAUUUGAUACAAUUACUUCUAAUAAUAAUACCACCCACGACUUUUCAUUAAAUCUAAAUUAUAGUGGAUUUAAUAAUAAUAAUAACACUAACAAUACAACUGACAAUACAUCAAUGGCCAAUACAAAUAAUAAUUCAGCAUUCAAUUCAAAUACUCAACUUGCUUCAGGUGAUUAUCUAAGUCCAACUGGAUUCUCGUUUAAUCCGGGGUCUGAUACAAAUACUUAUGCUGGUUCAGAUCCUAGUUCACUUCCCAAUGAGGAACAAUUUUUAGAUGAUGUAGAUACAAUCGGAUUUUCUCAUACUGUAUUAGGACCUCAGUUACAAGCUGGUAGACCUCAGAGUGCUUCUCCUCAACUUCCAUUAUCUCCGCAACAACAAUAUACAGGAACUUCAAAUACUCUUGAUGAAAUAAUGUCCCCACCAAAUAAUGGAUAUGAUAAUUCAACUACUACAUCAACAUUUUUAAAUCCUCAAUAUUUUUCUCCGCCUACUAGAGGAGGUGGUUAUAAUCCUUUGAAUUCAAUUGCAGAAGGUGAAUUAGCAUCUUCAUUUAAUGAUAAUACUUUCAGCCCUCAAUAUUCAAGAAAAGGAAGUAUAUCAGGUUAUAAUCCCCAACCUAAUGCUCCAGACCUACUAUCAGGAUCAUACUUAUCCCCACAAUAUAACCCACCCUACACAUCUCCGCCAAAUUAUAACAAUGACACCUAUUUAAAUUCCCCUCCACAAUCACAUCUGCAAUAUCUCCCCAGAAUAAACAUGAGUUCAUCCAUCCCCGUCAAGGCAGAAUAUUGGAACGCCCUCUCCCCACCACCACAACAAGCUAUCCUAAGUAGUUCAGUCCCCAGUUCAAGCACCGGCGGCGUGCCCACUUCUCCCAGUGGAAUCUCUCGAGAAUCAGUCCCCACCAAACAAUUAUCCAAAGAAGAAAAAUUAAAACGAAGACGCGAAUUCCAUAACGCAGUCGAAAGAAGAAGAAGAGACCUAAUUAAAGAAAGAAUAAAAGAAUUAGGCGUGAUUGUCCCUCCAUCAUUAUUAAACCCCCAAUUAUGUGCCGUACAAACCUUACAAAGGAAAUCGGGGAGUGGGAAUAUGAAUGCCGGGGAUUUGACCGAUUUGAUAAAUAAUAUAAAAGUAAAAGAAACCAAGCCUAAUAAAUCGACGAUAUUGAAUCGGGCUGUGGAUUAUAUUGAACAUUUGAAUUAUGUUUUAAAUCAGCAGGAUAAAACGAGACUGGAAUUGCAGGCUAGGAUUGAGAUGUUGGAGAAGGAUUUGAAUGAUCCGACGGCGAGCAGUAGUAGUGCUGGUGGUGGGAUUGAUCAGGUUGCAUAUGAUGAAUACACGACUUUGACUACUACUAGUGGAGGUGGAGGCGGUGGUGAUUAUUCACAGUAUCAGCUGCUGCUGCUGUCACAGCAGCCGAUAUUUGGAACACAGUAUAGUACUGAAGGAAUUAAAUCGGAGAGAGAUUAUAAUCCAGAUGAAUUUUUUGUUGAUAUUGUGAAUACUGGUAAUCAGUAG